CAAGAUCGUCAGACCAGUUGUGGUUACCUGUGCAAGGUGACGACAGACAGGCGUGUGAUCUAUCAGAGGAAUACAGACAGACUGCCCAGCGUCUGUUUCAGACACAACACGUGUUUUUGUUCCCAGAAAACCCACCUGUAAAGAGGCUGGAUCCGCUUAUUAAGCCGAGGAGGGGUCGAGCCGGACUGGAUGGAUGCGGCUCCGCUAACGGACGUGAUGACCUGAACGGUGGAGCCGUCCUUCUGCCCACAAGAAGAAUGGUGAGCCCAGCCCUCUGCGGACGGCGUGGAAGGCUGAGGAAAGUUCUGGACCAUGUCCUGCUCAUUGUCUUUGUCCUGCUUGCUCACACAGUAGCACCUGCCAUGACACUGUCAACUCCACGCAUCACACCGCUGUCUUUCUCUUCAGUGAGCACUAGAACUACAGAAACCUCCGGAACCACGUUUACUGCAAACCCAUCAGUAAGCACCCCACCUGAGAGAAGCACAGGCUCACCCCUGUCGUCGACCUUCACAUCUUCAGUGACUGUUACAAACACAACCUCCGUAACUACGCUGGAUCCUACUGUACAGCAGAACUCCUCUGCGAUCUCAGCCAACUUAGGAAACGCGUCAUCACCUUCUCCCAACCCUGGAUCACCAUCCUCGCUGCCACCAUCCACUGUGGCCACAUCACCCCCACCCCCACGCUCAACUCCACAUCAGCUGACAACGUCUGGUUUAGGUACCACUAAUAGAACCACCACACCUACGUCGUCAGUGACAGACACAGACACGACAGUGACUGUGACCUCAGCUAGCUCUCAUAAUACAACAGAUUCAGGGACGACAGAUCAAAGUAACGCAACCACAUCAUCAGCUCCUGCACUUAACACAACAGGGGCAACGCCAGUCCCUUGCAAGUUCUCACGAAACUGUACUGAUCAGUCUGUGUACUACUGGAUGAUGAUCAGUGUUGAAGUAACUGGGAACGUGUCUGAUGAGUCACACAUUACUGCAUGGCUCCAGAAUCUGUUCGAGCAGCACGUAGGUGAAUGCAGCUCUACUCCCAGUCCUCCUUCCUCCACUCCGUCACAAACGCCAGUGACGUUUACGCCCUCUGAAACCAGCAAUAGCACACAGAGCAGUAGCUUGGCAACCACAUCUGCCAACUUCAGUUCUGCUCCUUCAACGCAAAACGUCAGCUCAGUGACUGGAAACUGGACGUGGGGAAACAGCUCAGUAAAAGAAAAUGAAACCACUACCAGCCUCUUUCAAAACAUUGAGGUGAUAUGUGACAAUAAGACGGCCGUACGACACACUGAGUGCACCGUGCUGUUGCAGCUGAGUCAGCCGACCAGUCCGUGCUGCAUUGCCCGCAUCGUAAGCAUCGUACAGGUUAACUCCACCAUCCAGGGGCAGGUGAUUGGAAACCAAGUACAGAGAGUGGCUAAAGGACUUUGUAACAGUAGUGAUGCUGAGCCUCCAGUUGGAAGCUUUGGGAAGUGUAAUGGAUCUCUCAGUGCUGAGGCUCCUUGUAAUUCAAAAGCCACAGUUAACAUCUCGUGCAGUGGGAGCAGUGGGUAUGUAUACGCUACUUUGGGUAUUCAGGACCAGAUGAACUGCAGCUCUAGUUAUGAAAAGCCACAGAAUUACUGUUACUGCUCCGCCUACUGCAACAGCUCUGCUGCCUAUUACAGUUUGAACUUUGGAAUUUCAGACCUCAGCCUUGACACCGAACAACUAAGAUUACAGAUUCCCCUUACAAUAAGAUCACCAAAGUGUAACAUUACUGAAUCUGGGUGUAAACUAUGGCAUGACAUUUCCAAUAUCUAUGAAAAUUCUACAGUUCAGUGUGCCUCAAAAACAAGCUGCAGUUUGAUUGUGAAACUGAAGUUUGCCAUGGAUGUGUGUUCAGUCAGUUCAGCAUUGAUGACUGCUUUGCGACACCAGCCUGGCAUUGAGACUAACGGCAUCGUCAACAGAACGGCUGUAUGUAGCUGGAAUAAUAAACCAAAUCUGGACUCACUGCAACUGGACAUGCGCGUGUCUGUUAAUUUGAACUCUUCGGACUUCUGUCUGGUGCCAAACUUGGACAACUUGCUGAAUUACUGCGAAAAAGGAGCAGAUUUAGCUGUACUUCUGAAUGAGAGUUGCACCAGUGGUCCGGUUCUGCCCACCAGCCUGCCAUCACCAACAGCAACUGAAGUCACAAGUGCUACCACCGCCAGGAUCAUCACGAACACCACCGAGACAUCUCCAGAUAACACAACCCCACUUCAGAACACUUCACCUACGUUGGUAACUACAGUGGUUAAUGUAACAGCUACCAAAAGUACAGCUGCCCUGAACACCUCCACUCCAGAUGUUCCAGCAAAAUCUACAGCUUCAUACACGAAAGUUACAGCAACAACAGUGAACGCAACAGUUUCUACCCUCAGUGCGGAAGUGAAAGCUGAAGAGCUGCUGAAACUGAGCGGUAACGUUUCUGCUCUGAGCUCCGCCCAGAUCGACCAGCUUGUGACUCAGCUAGAGGAACUUCUUUUAGGGCCCACUGUCAGCCUGGCUCUGGGGAGCAUGUCUAUCAACAUUGUCAGCAAUUUACUGGACGCACCGGCAAAUACGCUGGCGUCCACUUCAAGCAGGAUCAUUCGAAUUGUGGACAGUGUUGGCCUGAAGCUGGUGGUGCAGGGACAGAGUGAGACUAUUCUCUCAACAUCUGUUGCUCUGGCAGUGAAUAAAGUGGAUGGGGUUAAUUUUCAGCAGACCUCAUUCACUCUGAUUGACUCCUCCAAUGUGCAGAUUAGCAGUGGCUCCAGGUCCAGUAGAAGCAUCAAGGCCAGAGAUCUGCCUCCUCAGGGAUCUAUCGUUCUCCCAGCCUCCCUCACGGGCAACCUCAAUCCCCAGCAGCAGCAGCUAGUGUCCAGAGUCCAGUUCAAUUUCUACCAGAAGAGCACUCUCUUCCAGGACAGUGCACUAAAUCCAAAUGAAACCAGGCUGAUCAGCGGAGUUCUGGGCUCCAGUGUGGCGAACCUGUCGCUCUCCGGUCUACGAGACAACGUAUUAAUUACACUGAGGAACACCGAGGCUGUUUCGGCCAAUUCCUCAGUAUCCUGUGUAUUUUGGGAUUUUGGCUUAAAUGGUGGCUCUGGUGGCUGGAGCUCCAGAGGCUGCACUGUGCUGAACAGCACUGUGAAUGAGACGCUGUGCGGCUGUAACCACCUCACCAGCUUCGGUGUGCUGCUGGACCUUUCCAGACAGGGCAUAACUAAUCGCUUGCAAGCCACCAUCCUCACCUACAUCACCUAUAUUGGCUGUGGCAUCUCUGCCAUUUUCCUUUCCAUCACUUUGCUUACCUACUUGGCUUUUGAGAAACUGCGUAAGGAUAUGCCAUCUAAGAUCCUGAUCCAGCUGUGUUUGGCUCUCCUGCUGCUAAACCUAGUGUACCUGUUAGACUCUUGGCUGGCCCUGUACCCCAACGCCGUAGGCCUCUGCAUUUCCACAGCAUUCUUCCUGCACUACUUCCUGUUGGCCUCUUUCACCUGGAUGGCCCUGGAGGCUGUCCACAUGUACUUCGCCCUUGUCAAAGUUUUCAACACCUAUAUUUCUCGCUUCAUGCUCAAACUGGCAUUGGCUGGCUGGGGCAUUCCUCUGGUUGUGGUCAUCAUCGUAAUAGCCAUUGAUAAGGACAACUAUGGGCUUGUUUCCUACGGGAAGUUCGAAGAUGGAUCCACAGAUGACUUCUGCUGGUUGAAGAACAACAUCGCUUUCUACGUUGCAGUGGUGGCAUAUUUCUGCGUGGUUUUCUUGCUGAACCUCAGCAUGUUCAUUGUGGUGAUGGUUCAGCUUUGUCGCAUUAAGAGACAAAACCCUCAUAACGUACAGCACCGCAGUGGCCUUCAGGACCUCCGGAGUGUGGCUGGACUCACAGUGCUUCUUGGCCUCACCUGGGGUUUUGCCUUCUUUGCAUGGGGACCUGUUAACCUUGCCUUUAUGUACCUAUUUGCCAUCUUUAACACGCUGCAAGGGUUUUUUAUCUUUGUGUUCCACUGUGCCGUGAAGGAGAAUGUUAGGAGACAGUGGAGGAUUUAUCUGUGCUGUGGAAAAUUCAGGCUGGCGGAGAACUCUGACUGGAGUCACACUGCCACUCAGAAGACCAAGAAAUCCUCUGUGAAUAGGGUUGGCCUGGCAUCAGUGAAAUCUUCAAAUUCCAAUAACUCGUCCAGCUCCGCAACCUUCCUGGUCAGCAACGGCUCAGGAUCAGGAUCAGGAUCAGGAUCAGACGGGUCACUGGGGAUCAGCAGCCCAUUUGACGACAGAGAAAUCACGGCACAGGAGACGAGCUCAGAUGUGGUCCUGAAUGAAAUCAACAACAGGUACCGGAGCCAGAGGUCCUACUGACCGGAGAGCCAGCAAAUGACAGGCUGGGUUUCCCAAAAGCUUCUCAGCACAGAGAUGCUUAUUAAAGCGUAGAGGGAGCAUCACACUGAACACUCUCUCUCCAGUUAAGAUGAUCUGAACACGGUUUGGAAACCAUGCCAGUGCCAUGUAUCGUGUGUAUGUUGUACAUAAUAUACUUACAUUAUUUAUGACAGUACUCAACCUUUCAUAUAUACUGAAUAAAGACUUUAAAUAAUAGUGUUAACAGUCGACCCUAAACCAUUACAGAAAUUCAAUAACACUAUAAGGCUUUAGUCUAUCGAGUUUAAAACGACUGAUUAAUGUGCUGUCAGUAAAAGAUAAGCACUGUCUUACUGUGUAUAGAAUUAAAGUAUUUGUUAUUUUUAUACUUAUUAAAUCAUUUCAUGUAUGGAAUACUUGUUCUUGAUCUUGACUUAGCUUGCUAUUCAUUUCACAGUGGAUCAAAAUAAAGUAUUCAUAAUAAUGUCUAUACACACACACACACACACACACACACACACACACACACACACAAACACACACACACACACACACACACACAUGUAAUGCUCCUGUCAGAAACAAGAUCCAUUUUCGUUGUUUUUCAGUUCAUGCUAUAAUCUGAAAAUGCCUGUUGCUCUUUACAUUGUGUGUAAAUUUCAUGAUGAAUGGAUCGAAAGAAACGGCCCAGAUUGCCUUGGUAAAAAUUCUGGUUCUGUUGACUUCCAUUAAAAGUAAAAUAGGUUUUUUCCUUCUCCUGUAAAGUUACUAUUCUGGAGAUAAGAGGUUUUGUUCAGUCAACAGCGAUAUAAACAAAACAAAACCUCGUAUCUCUGACUUUGUUGUUAGGUCAAAAUCUGGAAAUGCCUGUUGCUCUUUACAUUGUGUGUAAAUUUCAGAAUGAAAGGACUACUUGGAAAGACGUCCGGUUCCAUUGACUUCCAUUAAAAGUGAAGUGUGUUUGUCCUUCUCCUGUAAAGUCAGCAUUUUGGAGAUACGAGGUUUGUUAUAUAUAUAAAGUGCAGGUCGUUUAGAUGUUAACAUAUGUUAUACUGUUAAAUGUGCAUUUUUACAGAACGAUAUGUGUUAAGUAAACUGAAUGUGUGUGUAAUAAGACAUGUUCUGGUCUCGCUGUUCUCCUGCUGAUGCACUUUAAACAUGAGCGCCCUUACAAGGUCAUUUGAAUUCACUGACCAGCAGACUGUAACACUAUGAUCACUUUUGCACCAUCAGUUUUUCCAGGAGCUAAAAUUCCGCAAGAUCCCCGAUUGGCUGUUCUGCUGCAGCCCCGCCCUGUUAACUCCAGCUCCUCUGUUCCUCAUUCUUGAACUCAUUGGGACAAACAGUCGUACGAAAAAGUUUUAACACCCCAAAAUUACGUUUUGCUGAUUUUCUAGGUGAAGCUAGGCGAAGAUUUUCUGCUCAUUUUAGUGCAUCGUUUCUCUUUAGCAUAUAAGAUUUUACUGUGACGCCGGAAUCUGAUUUUCACAUGGAUAAAUUAAAUUUAUAAGAUCAAGAUAAAUAGAAAAUCGAAGCUAAAACAGCUCACUGUAGUAAUUAGACUUUCUGCGUGUCCGUGUCAUUUUUACUUUUAAUAAAUGUUAAACUUUAAUUCAUGAUAGUAAAAACUGUGACUGCAUUUAUAAUAAACUUGAAAAAGGCUUGAAUUCUUACCAAUAAGACAUUUUUACUUGUUAAAAUAUAUUUCCUACAAUUAAAAGUUGAAUUUUAAGAUGCUGUAAUAUGAUUUUUAUGUUUUGUUUCCUAGUAUAAACAACAUUUCUAGAUUAAAAAAUAUGUUAAAUAAAAAUGAAAAGCGUUUGUACCAGUUUAAUAUGAUUGAUUAGCCUGCAGUUCAUCCUUUAACAUUGGUAGCUCUGUUUUUGAGAAUUUUGAUUUCCUUUGACGCGUCACGCAGCCACAGAGAGCUUCACUAGUGUGGGUAAUCAAUAUGUGUGACCUCCUUUACGUGUAAAUCUAAACGUGUAGAUUAAUUGGCUCUUGACCACGACAGCGUUAGAUAGACACCUGUGCACUGAUCACUGCCGGUGACGUUUUGAGUAGGUCUUGUUUACUGUGCAGGUAUGUUUUUCAUGUUUUAUCAAUCUGGCCUUUUGUGUUUUAUUUUUUUCCUCAAUAUAUUCAAUUUUGCAAAUAAACAGUAAUUAUGCACUUAAAUGUGCAGAAGUGUUUGUUAUUUUAUUUCACUUAGAAAAUCAACUAAGUUCACUUGACCAAGGGCACCUAAACUUUUGCAUAUGACUGUCCUCCCCCGAUUGAGCGAGUGUGAGGUUUUGCUCAUAUCCCAGCAAAACUAAGAUAUUUUCUGUCUUCUUUUAAAAUUAUUUGUUGUUACCUUUCAAAUAAUAAUAAAUGAAUCCAGUAAUGCCAAAA